AUGUUUGCUACUUUGGGUGAGUCCGCUCCUUCGUAUGCGACUGUUAAAAACUGGGUGGCAGAGUUUAACCGUGGUCGUGAGACCAUUCAAGAUGAGCCCCGUAGUGGCCGGCCUUCAACUGCUUCCACUGAUCAAAACAAAGAAAAUAUCUGUGAUUUAAUUUUAUCUGAUCGAAGAUUGACUGUCGAGGAGAUAGCUAAGACUAAAUAUUUUAACAGAAAAUCAACAUUGCAACAGCAUUUGUUGAUACAUACAGGCGAGAAGCCAUAUAGUUGUGAUAUAUGUAAUAAAUGUUUUAGGCAUAAAUGGUAUUUAAAACAGCAUUUGUCGAUACAUACUGGUGACAAGCCAUAUAGUUGUGAUGUAUGUAAUAAAAGUUUUAACCAAAAGUCAAUAUUGCAGCGACAUUUGUUGUUGCAUAGUGGUGAGAAACCAUAUAGUUGUGAUGUGGGAACAGAUAAAUACCGGCUUGAACCCUUCGACUCGGUGCAACAGCAAGCUACGAGAAUUGUCGAUGAUCCCAGGCUUACAAGCGUGUCCACAGUACAUGGCAGAUCAAACAAGGCUAUGGACAAUACACAAAGUAAGCAUUUGCAUGUCUCCGACAACACCAAACAGCGGACGACUCGAUACAGUUGUGAUAAAUCAACAUUACAACGGCAUUUGUUGAUACAUACUGGUGAUAAGUCAUAUAAUUGUAAUGUAUGUAAUAAAUGUUUUAAACAAAAAUCAACAUUACAACGGCAUUUGUUGAUACAUACUGGUGAUAAGCCAUAUAGUUGUGAUGUAUGUAGUAAAUGUUUUAGUCAGAAAACACAUUUAACACGACAUGUUUUGAUACAUACUGGUGAUAAGCCAUAUAGUUGUGAUGUAUGUAAUCAAUGUUUUAACCAGAAAUCCAUAUUACAACAGUAUAUGUUAAUACAUACUGGUGAUAAGCCAUAUAAUUGUAAUGUAUGUAGUAAAUGUUUUAACAGAGAAUCAAUAUUGCAACAGCAUAUGUUGAUACAUACUGGUGAUAAGCCAUAUAGUUGUGAUGUAUGUAAUAAAUGUUUUAAUAGAAAGUCAACAUUGCAACGGCAUUUGAUUAUACAUACUGGUGAUAAACCAUAUAGUUGUGAUGUA